AUGGCAGCUGGUACUGGUGGCAAGUCUGGUCCUACGACACAGAAAGAGGCGAAGAAGCCCGUAUCCCAAUCGGUUCGCGCAGGUCUGCAGUUCCCUGUUGGACGUAUCCACAGGCAUCUCAAGCAGCGCGCGUCGAGCAACUUGCGUGUCGGUGCCAAGGCCGCCGUGUAUACGAGCGCAAUCCUUGAAUAUCUUACUGCCGAGGUCCUCGAGUUGGCUGGCAACGCAUCCAAGGACUUGCGCGUGAAGCGUAUCACGCCGCGACAUCUGCAGCUCGCCAUUCGUGGUGAUGAGGAGCUUGACACGCUCAUCCGUGCUACGAUUGCAGGGGGUGGUGUGCUUCCCUAUAUUCACAAGUCGCUCAUCAAGAACCCGGGCAAGAAAAAGGGUGCCGCCGAGUAA